GGGUUUUGGUUUUUUGCACUGAAUGUAGUCUAGACUCAUCUUCACGGGCUUGUGUUGCCCCAGGAUACUGUCAAAGGCAGUAUUUGUGUGUUUCUGCAGAGUUUUGCACAGUCUGUUCCCAUGCAAACCAAUGAGGGAGAAGUAUCGGAAGACAGCAGUUCCAAGGUGGAACAGGAGGAUUUUGUAAUGGAAGGGCAUGGCAAGACUCCACCUCCUGGUGAAGAAAGCAAACAAGAGAAGGAGCAAGAAAGGGAAGAACAGUUAAUGGAAGACAAGAAAAGGAAGAAAGAGGAUAAAAAGAAAAAAGAAGCCACUCAGAAGGUCACGGAACAAAAAACCAAAGUGCCCGAAGUGACGAAACCAAGUUUAAGCCAACCAACGGCCGCCAGCCCAAUUGGCAGCUCUCCAUCGCCACCAGUCAAUGGUGGCAACAAUGCCAAAAGGGUGGCAGUGCCGAACGGACAACCGCCAAGCGCCGCCCGCUACAUGCCUCGGGAGGUGCCGCCGCGAUUCCGUUGCCAGCAGGACCACAAAGUGUUACUAAAACGUGGGCAGCCCCCUCCACCGUCCUGCAUGCUCCUUGGGGGUGGGGCAGGGCCUCCUUCCUCCACAGCACCUGGAGCAAACCCAAACAACGCACAAGUGACAGGAACGCUGCUGCAGAGUGAGAGUGGGACUGCGCCAGAGUCAAGCCUUGGAGGUGCUGCUGCUUCAAAUUAUGCAAAUUCCACUUGGGGCCCGGGAGCCUCCUCCAACAACGGCACCUCCCCCAACCCAAGUCACAUCUGGGACAAGGUGAUUGUAGACGGGUCUGACAUGGAAGAGUGGCCUUGUAUUGCCAGCAAAGACACUGAGUCUUCUUCCGAAAACACCACCGAUAACAACAGUGCCUCGAACCCUGGCUCUGAGAAGAGCACUCUGCCAGGAAGCACCACUAGUAACAAAGGAAAAGGGAGCCAGUGCCAGUCUGCAAGUUCUGGGAACGAAUGUAAUCUUGGGGUCUGGAAAUCUGACCCUAAGACUAAAUCUGUUCAAUCUUCCAACUCUACUGCAGAGAGCAACAAUGGACUAGGAAACUGGAGGAAUGUGAGUGGUCAGGAUAGAAUUGGACCUGGCUCUGGCUUCAGCAACUUUAACCCAAAUAGCAACCCAUCUGCCUGGCCAGCGCUGGUCCAAGAAGGAAAUUCUAGGAAAGGAGCAUUGGAAACGGAUACUAGUAAUUCCAGUGCACAGGUUAGCACAGUGGGUCAGGCAUCCAGGGAACAGCAGUCAAAGAUGGAAAAUGCGGGUGUUAAUUUUGUUGUCUCUGGCAGAGAACAGGCUCAAAUUCAUAACACUGAUGGACCAAAAAAUGGAAACACUAACUCCUUGAACUUAAGUUCACCAAACCCCAUGGAGAAUAAGGGAAUGCCCUUUGGAAUGGGCUUGGGGAACGCCUCCAGGAGCACUGAUGCCCCUUCACAAAGCACUGGAGAUCGAAAGACUGGGAGUGUUGGAUCUUGGGGCGCAGCUAGGGGGCCUUCUGGAACUGACACAGCCUCUGGACAAAGCAAUUCUGGAAACAAUGGGAACAAUGGAAAGGAUAGAGAGGACUCCUGGAAAGGAGCUUCUGUUCAGAAAUCAACUGGGUCAAAAAAUGACUCUUGGGACAACAAUAACAGGUCUACGGGUGGGUCCUGGAACUUUGGCCCUCAGGACUCUAAUGACAACAAAUGGGGUGAAGGGAACAAAAUGACAUCUGGGGUCUCUCAGGGAGAAUGGAAACAGCCGACUGGGUCUGAUGAGUUGAAAAUUGGAGAAUGGAGUGGUCCAAACCAACCAAAUUCUAGCACUGGAGCAUGGGACAAUCAAAAGGGCCACCCCCUCCCUGAAAACCAAGGCAAUGCCCAGGCUCCCUGUUGGGGAAGAUCUUCCAGCUCCACAGGAAGUGAAGUUGGAGGUCAAAGCACUGGAAGCAACCACAAAGCAGGAAGUAGUGACAGUCAUAAUUCUGGCCGUCGGUCGUACAGGCCCACACAUCCUGAUUGUCAGGCUGUCUUGCAGACUCUUUUGAGCCGAACUGAUUUGGACCCCAGGGUGCUCUCAAACACUGGCUGGGGCCAAACUCAAAUUAAGCAGGACACAGUGUGGGAUAUUGAAGAGGUGCCAAGGCCUGAGGGGAAAUCUGACAAAGGAACUGAGGGGUGGGAGAGCGCUGCCACACAGACCAAGAACUCAGGGGGCUGGGGAGACGCACCCGGCCAAAGCAAUCAAAUGAAGUCUGGAUGGGGGGAGCUCUCAGCCUCUACAGAGUGGAAAGACCCCAAGAACACGGGAGGCUGGAAUGACUAUAAGAACAACAACUCUUCCAACUGGGGAGGAGGACGACCAGAUGAGAAGACAUCUUCCUCUUGGAAUGAGAAUUCCAGCAAGGAUCAGGGGUGGGGAGGUGGACGUCAGCCCAAUCAAGGAUGGACUUCUGGAAAGAAUGGUUGGGGAGAGGAAGUUGAUCAAGCAAAAAACAGCAAUUGGGAAAGUUCUGCAAGUAAACCUGUGUCUGGGUGGGGUGAAGGAGGGCAGAAUGAAAUUGGAACUUGGGGGAACAGUGGGAAUACAAGCCUAGCUUCAAAAGGCAGUUGGGAAGAUUGCAAGAGAUCUCCAGCAUGGACUGAGACAGGCAGACAGCCCAAUUCCUGGAAUAAACAGCACCAACAGCAGCAGCAGCCACAGCAGCCACCGCCACCACAACCAGAGACUUCUGGUUCAUGGGGAGGCCCACCCCCACCACCUCCAGGCAAUGGACGGCCUUCCAAUUCCAACUGGAGCAGCGGGCCGCAGCCAGUAACCCCUAAGGAUGAGGAACCCAGUGGUUGGGAAGAGCCAUCCCCACAGUCAAUUAGUCGGAAAAUGGACAUCGAUGAUGGCACUUCAGCAUGGGGAGACCCCAGCAGUUAUAACUACAAGAAUGUGAAUCUGUGGGAUAAGAAUUCCCAAGGGGGCCCAGCACCUCGAGAACCAAACCUGCCUACCCCGAUGACCAGUAAAUCAACAUCAGUCUGGAGCAAAAGCACUCCACCUGCUCCAGAUAAUGGUACUUCAGCUUGGGGGGAGCCGAAUGAAAGCAGUCCUGGCUGGGGCGAAAUGGAUGACACAGGAGCGUCAACCACAGGCUGGGGGAACACACCCUCCAACGCUCCAAAUGCCAUGAAACCUAAUUCCAAAUCUAUGCAAGACGGCUGGGGGGAGAGUGACGGGCCAGUGACAGGAACUCGGCAUCCCAGCUGGGAAGAGGAGGAUGAUGGAGGAGUCUGGAACACCACCGGCUCUCAGGGAAGUGCUUCGUCCCACAACUCAGCAAGCUGGGGACAAGGAGGAAAGAAACAAAUGAAGUGCUCACUAAAAGGAGGAAACAAUGAUUCAUGGAUGAAUCCUCUUGCCAAACAGUUUUCAAAUAUGGGAUUGCUGAGUCAAACUGAAGAUAAUCCAGGCAGCAAAAUGGAUUUGUCUGGAGGGAGCCUUCCAGAUAAAAAAUUUGAUGUGGACAAGCGAGCAAUGAAUCUCGGGGAUUUUAAUGAUAUCAUGAGGAAGGAUCGAUCUGGGUUCCGUCCACCUAAUUCCAAAGACAUGGGAACCACAGAUAGUGGGCCUUAUUUUGAGAAGCUGACUUUGCCUUUCUCCAAUCAAGAUGGGUGCCUUGGGGAUGAGGCUCCCUGCUCUCCCUUCUCCCCUUCUCCCAGCUACAAGCUGUCUCCCUCUGGUUCCACACUACCCAACGUCAGCCUUGGAGCAAUCGGCACAGGGCUCAACCCCCAAAACUUCGCUGCUAGACAAGGUGGCAAUCAUGGUUUGUUUGGAAAUAGCACAGCACAAUCGAGAGGUAUGCACACCCCAGUGCAGCCACUAAAUUCUUCUCCUAAUCUCCGGGCGCAAGUGCCUCCCCAGUUUAUUUCCCCCCAGGUUUCUGCCUCAAUGCUCAAGCAGUUUCCCAACAGUGGCCUGAAUCCAGGUCUUUUCAAUGUGGGGCCCCAGUUAUCUCCUCAACAAAUUGCCAUGCUGAGCCAGCUUCCACAAAUUCCCCAAUUUCAGUUGGCAUGUCAGCUUCUCCUGCAGCAGCAGCAACAGCAGCAGUUGUUACAGAACCAGAGAAAGCUUUCUCAAGCUGUGCGCCAGCAGCAAGAGCAGCAGCUGGCUCGAAUGGUGAGUGCACUGCAGCAACAACAGCAGCAGCAGCAGCACCAGCAGAGGCAGCCUAGCAUGAAGCAUUCGCCAUCUCAUCCUGUUGGGCCCAAGCCGCAUCUGGACAACAUGGUACCCAACACCCUGAAUGUGGGGCUCCCAGACCUUCAAACCAAAGGGCCAAUGCCUGGAUAUGGUUCUGGUUUCAGCUCUGGCGGCAUGGACUACGGCAUGGUUGGUGGGAAGGAGGCUGGAACAGAGUCUCGCUUUAAACAGUGGACCUCCAUGAUGGAGGGACUGCCCUCUGUAGCCACACAGGAAGCCAAUAUGCACAAAAAUGGCGCUAUAGUGGCCCCUGGUAAGACCCGAGGAGGGUCACCAUACAACCAGUUUGAUAUCAUCCCGGGUGACACACUGGGUGGCCAUACGGGUCCUGCUGGUGAUAGCUGGUUACCUGCCAAAUCUCCACCAACAAAUAAACUUGGAAGUAAAUCCAGCAGUGCCAGUUGGCCUCCAGAAUUCCAACCAGGAGUGCCAUGGAAAGGUAUCCAAAACAUUGACCCUGAAUCUGACCCCUAUGUCACCCCAGGAAGUGUACUGGGGGGUACAGCCACAUCUCCCAUUGUAGAUACUGACCACCAACUUCUGCGGGAUAACACCACAGGGUCUAAUUCUUCCCUCAACACCUCGCUGCCUUCACCUGGUGCCUGGCCCUACAGUGCCUCUGACAACUCCUUCACCAACGUUCAUAGCACUUCAGCAAAGUUCCCUGAUUACAAAUCAACAUGGUCCCCAGAUCCCAUAGGACACAACCCCACUCAUCUCUCCAACAAGAUGUGGAAAAACCAUAUUUCCUCAAGGAACACUACACCGCUGCCCCGCCCACCUCCCGGUCUGACCAACCCCAAACCGUCAUCUCCCUGGAGCAGCACAGCACCCCGAUCAGUCAGGGGGUGGGGGACACAGGACUCACGGCUUGCCUCGGCCUCUACCUGGAGUGAUGGUGGUUCGGUUCGUCCUAGUUACUGGCUGGUUCUUCACAAUCUCACUCCACAGAUUGAUGGGUCAACCUUGAGAACCAUCUGCAUGCAGCAUGGCCCACUGCUGACAUUCCACCUGAACCUAACCCAGGGCACCGCCCUGAUCCGAUACAGCACCAAACAGGAGGCGGCCAAGGCCCAAACUGCACUGCACAUGUGUGUGUUGGGAAACACUACCAUCCUGGCUGAGUUUGCCACCGAUGAUGAAGUUAGCCGCUUUCUGGCUCAAGCUCAGCCCCCUACACCUGCAGCAACCCCGAGUGCACCCGCAGCCGGUUGGCAGUCGCUGGAGACCAGCCAGACCCAGUCAGAUCCUGUUGGACCUGCUCUGAAUCUUUUCGGUGGGUCCACAGGGCUCGGGCAAUGGAGCAGCAGUGCUGGUGGCAGCAGCGGGGCCGAUCUUGCUGGCGCUUCAUUGUGGGGGCCCCCAAACUAUUCUUCUAGCUUGUGGGGAGUCCCAACUGUGGAAGAUCCCCAUAGGAUGGGCAGCCCUGCUCCUUUACUACCUGGUGACCUUCUGGGAGGAGGGUCGGAUUCAAUCUGAACUUAGAACUUUCAACUCUGACCUCGUGACCUUUUUUGGAACAGCAGCAGCACUAACUUGACCUUUUCGUUUUUUUUUUCAACUUGCAAUAAAUACAUUUUUAAAAGGAAAAAAGAAAACGGAGAGAGAAAAAAAGGUGGGUCAUUGACAGACUGUCUGAGCACAUAGUUGCCUCCCUUAUACCUUCAGUUUUUUUGUUUGGAAUAUGAAUCCAAAAAGAGAACAUAUCACUCUUGAAAUACUUGAAUCAUGAACGCCAACCUAGAAAGACAAUGUGAAGCAAGUACACAUACCAUUUAAAUUUAAACACAAAAAAAUUAAAAAAAUUAGUUUCUAGUUUUUCACUUUUUUCAUGUUAUAUGGAAGUUGUUGCUAAGAAACAUAUAUACUGAAAAAAAAUAGCUUUUUAACUUUGUUUGCACUGGGUGUGUUUCCGUCCUUAGGUCUACCAUGUUUGGGAGGGAGGGGAAUUCAAAAGAAUU